GACGCUGUUAUCUGUUGGUAGAGUCUGCGGGAUUGUUGUCAUUCUUCUGCAGCUAGCCGUCAACGCUAGCAGCUAGCCGCUUGGUUUUUUUUCUCUGCAACACACUUUGAUCCAGCAGGAUGUUAGGAUGGAGUGUGGCCGAGUUCUGCCGGACAGCCUGGUGUUGGAGAUCUUCCUGCAUCUGCCCCAUGAAGCCGUGCUGAGAGCUGGUCUGACCUGCAGACAGUGGCUGGCUGUCUCCAGAGAUGAGUUCCUUUGGAGGGAGCUGUUCUACAGCUACUAUCGUAUACCACGCUCUGUACCACGACACCCAGCGGCCGUGUCGUGGUACAGGGAGUUCAGACGUCUGUUUGACUGUAUCCCAUGUGUGGAGGUUCAGACGCUGAGAGAGCACAGUGACCAAGUCCUCCACCUGGCCUUUUCUCACAGGGGUCACCGGUUCUCCUCCUGCUCCAAAGACUGCACUGUUAAGCUAUGGGACACAGAGCGGCCAGACGGUAAUAUCUCGCUGGUGCACAGCUCCAGCAUGCGGCAGUUCAACUGGGGCUAUACCCAGUUCUCACAGUUCAAUGCUGACGACACCCUGCUGCUCGUGUCUGGCGUCUACCUCGGCCCACACCACUCAUCAUCCGGGGAAAUCGCCGUCAUCAGCCUGGAAAAUUACACGCUGUUGUCGCGUGUGAGGAACAAGCCGUACGAUGUGUUUGGCUGCUGGCUGAACGAGACUCACCUGAUCUCGGGGAACCUGCACUGGAUAGGCAACAUGACGUCCUGCUCUGUGCUCUGGCUCAAUAAAGCCUUCCAGGAUGUUGAAUCGGAGAACGUCAACGUGGUCAAGCGCCUUUUCAAGAUCCAGAACAUUAAUGCCAGUACCAUCCGCACAGUGAUGGUGGCUCACUGCCGUCGUCACGACAACCCGGACUUACUGCUGGACUACGAGGCUCAGUCUCAGGCUCGAAGGCAAAAGGGGCAGCAGCAGGACCAGCACCACCAGCCCCUCCUCUUUGACCUGGGAACCUCCGGCAGUGAGGAGGAUGAAGAGGCGGAAGAGGAGCACGAGCAGCUCCAGAAGGGAGCGAGGUGUCACAGCCUCCAUUCUCAGCCCACCCUCUCAGGCCUGGACCAUGUUAUGAAAUGUAAAAAUGUAGGGGCCAGGGAGCUGGCGAUCGAGACCCACGUGGCUAAGAUGAUGGGCAGAGCCCACUCGAAGCCCCCUGAGUCCAGCCUAAUCGAGCCUUCUGAGAGCAGCGAUGGAGAAGACAAAACUUAUUUACUCUUCACCACCGGCAGCCUUACAUACUCCCCUCACCAGAUAGGUAUUAAGCGUAUCAAGCCGGACCAGAUGACCACUUCUGGGCCUGUACUUGGGAAAGAGCGAAGUUCAGAAGAGUUUUUUGAUUCCCUGGACCACGUCAUUGAUAUCCAUGGACACAUCAUCGGUAUGGGCCUUUCACCAGACCACAGGUACCUUUAUGUGAAUAGCCGGGCUUGGCCAGCCGGGUGUGUGAUCUCUGACCCUAAGUGUCCUCCUCCCAUCGCGGAGGAGAUUGACCUCCAUGUGAUCGACCUGAAGAACCUGAGGGAGGAGAGAAGGAGCCUGCGCGCUCAUCGAGCCUUCACGCCUAACGAUGAGUGCUUUUUUAUCUUCCUCGACGUCAGCAGGGACUUUGUUGCCAGUGGAGCAGAGGACAAGCACGGCUACAUCUGGGACCGUCACUACAACAUCUGCCUGGCACGUCUGGCACACGACGACGUGGUGAACUCGGUGGCAUUCAGCUCUGCCGACCAGGAGCUGCUGCUGUCUGCCAGCGAUGACUCUACCAUUAAGGUGUGGCGCUCACCGCGCAUGGUCCGUCUGGCACAGGCCCCCUCUCGACAGCCGAGGCCCCGCAACCUCCUGUCCUCCUGGCUGAACCGCAGCAAGAACUCAACAUCUGGCAGCAGUGUCAAUGGAAAACCAUGAGUCACGUUGGGAAGCACUUGCAGUGGGAGGGAGCGGGGAGAGGAAAGUUUGAUCUUUUUCCUCUGUGGUGUGAAUAUACUGUAUAUAUAUACACUCCAUGUAUAUGUACAGUGUGGUUCCAGUCAGUGGUUUUGCCUGAGCUUGCUGUGCUGUGACACACAGCAGUGACGGGAUGUGAUGUUCUGACACAAGAGAGCGCUGUCGCACCAGCAACAUGAAAUCACCACAAACCGUUACGCUGUUGACAGGAGUGAUAUGAAACACAGAAAAGAGAAAGUGUAGAGGUGACACCCGAAUGCACAAGACAGACACGCAAACAUGUUCCCCAAGAGAUGUUUAUUGUCUGUUUUCAUCUGUAACGUCUGAACGGGUCAGAUGCAGGACUCUUGGACCUGAGGUGUAUGUAUGACACCUCAUGAUCACGGCUGUCUCGUCCUGUUCAUCAGAGGCAAACUGAGUGUAACUGAGAAUUAUUUCAGAAAUGUCUUUCUUAUUAUUGGAUAUAUAUGCAUUAUAUUGAACAGUUCCCAAUAUUGUGGCCUUUUUCAUGUAUGUAAAUGGUCAAAAUAUUAGAAACACCUCUCAAUAUAAUGCAGUCCCGUUUAACACUACUGAAAACUACAAACAAACAGAAUAGCUCAAUGAAUACCUCUUUGACAGUGUCAGCAAAAAUUUGGGAAACUAUAAGCUUCGUAAAAGUAGAAUUUAUGAUACAGAUGUUGUGCUGGAUUAAAGUGUACCGGUCAGUGUAAAAGAGUACUGUAGGUCAUUUUAGUGCUAUGUUAGUUAGUCGUGACUCUUAAAAUAGAAAUACUCCCUCACCGUCCCCUAACAUUUCAAACACAACAUCAAACACACAAGAACAAUCGUUUGAACAAUGGGAACUUAUUUUUGUUUUUAAAUAUACAAAAUUCAAUUAACACAUGCAGUAAAUUGGUGAUUUUAUUAAAGAUUGUUUACCGUUGUACACCGCUGUCUUAAGCAGUGUUUAAUUUGAGCAAGAACAGUUAAGAAAAUUUCAAGUCACAGAAGUCACCCACUUCUUUAAGUUAGAUAUAUGUGUGUAGCACACAUUAAAGGUACUGUAGGAUAUCUUGGCCAAAAUUUAGAUAUAACCAACAGUGCACGAUAACUUGAAAGUAGACUGAGUCAUCAACACGUGCUGAGGAUGGUGAAAAGAGAUCAGUAGAAAAAGUAAAGGAAACCUCCUGCCGCUCAAACCUGAUCUGUGUUGAUCAGUGUUUUUGUCUUUAGAUGUGUGUGUGUGUGUGUGUGUGUGUACAUGGGUUACCCCUUUACUUUCCAUGUACUCCUCGUCAAGAUACUUCCGUUUUAUCACUCAAAGAUUGACAAAAACAAAACAAAAAGUAAUACUUAAGAAAACAAACAUUUGAUUGGCACUUAUUUUAAGUGGCUGUUUAACUUAAGGUACUUUAACUUAAGGUAGCUUAAGGUACUUUACCUGGUAGAUCUAUUUAUGUUUCCCUGCUGGAGAUGUUUGUGACUGAUUAUAAAGCUGUUUAAUUAAUUAUGAUUUUGGGUUGUCUGGUUGCGUUUGCAUGUCAUGUUUUCACAGAAAAACCUUUUGAAAUGUGUGUGAUAAGUCAUGAACUUUCUCCUCGCUUCCCUUUGUCAACUUUCUUAACUGUUCUUUUCACUGUUGCUCUGUCUUUUCCAUCAUGUUUUCUGUCCUCUAAUGUUCUUUUCAUACACCCCUGAAAUAAAAUUCAAAAAAUGAAGCAUGCCCCGAAAGGCCAGAAGUUUG